AAUGGCGCUUGUUUCAGUCAAAUUCAUUGGACUUAAAAUACGAUGAAAUUAUCAAGAAAUAAAAGAGUUCCUCGUUUAUAUUGAUUGUUAUUCAUACAGAAAAUGGAGAUGAAAUGUGGCCCUUUGACAUUUUUUUCCAACUUUGAUUCGGGCAACUUGGCCCGCGUAGAACGGGUCCAAAACUCGGAAACAAAAUUGACUUGCGAAGGAAAAGUUUCAUCAAGCGAGUCAAAUGCAAAUGAUAAAUCUGUCGAUUUAGUUGUCCGUGCGACGGUAAAAAGAUAAAAUGGUUCACGAUUGUCGAAAAGUAUUUCAUUUUCAGAGUAUUUUCUUGAGUAUAACUUGUGGACGACUCCUGAUUGUGGAGGGACGGUGAACGAGAAUGGCAAUCGUACUUGGUUUUACUUUGGUGUGAAGGGAUGCAUCUUUGGCAAAACGGUAGCAUUUAAUAUCAUGAACAUGAACAAGCAGGGAAAGCUUUACGGCCACGGUAUGGCGCCAUUUGUCAAGAUUUGCCCUAAAAAUAAAUGGCAGCGGAUCAAAGAAAGGCCUUCGUACGAGAUCGUUGAUGAUCAAUUUCAAUUGUCUUUCGCGUUCCGUUUCCCUGAUCAAAAAUUUUCGGUAUGUUACUUUGCCUUCUGUUAUCCUUACUCUUACGAAGAUGUGCAAUUAUAUCUCGAUGAGUUCGACAAGACGUUUUCUCAUCAAUAUGAAACUCAAAAGGACGCCGUGCAAACCUCCACGAUUUACUAUCACAGAGAGUUGAUUUGUAACUCAAUCGACGGUCUUAGAGUGGAUCUCCUCACAGUUAGCUCUCGCAAGGGGAUUCUUGAAGAUUUAGAACCAAGGUUAGCUGGACUGUUUCCCGAUCUCGCUACAAGGCGAGCCAAUCAAUUCAAAGGAAAGAAGGUCUUUAUAUUAACAAGUCGUGUACACCCCGGCGAGACACCGUCCAGCUACGUUUUCAAGGGAUUUCUGGACUUCAUUACUCGCCAGGAUGAUUUAAGAGCGGCUGCUUUGAGGGAUAGAUUUGUCUUUAAACUCAUUCCGUUGUUGAAUCCGGAUGGUGUAAAACGUGGACAUUAUAGAACGGAUCAGAUGGGAGUUAAUCUUAAUCGUGUAUAUCUUGAUCCGAAUCCAAAACUGCAUCCUACAAUUUUUGCCGCCAAAAGUCUGGUUGCAUAUCAUUAUAACGGCGCCCUUUCAUUGGUCAACGUUUGUGAUAAUAUGCAGCUUAAGGAUUUUGAUAUUGCGAGGACCGAAGAAGCCUCUGAGAGUGACAAAAGUGAAAAUUCUUUGGUGAAAAGCUGUUCGUCCAAUAUGUUAGUUUUGCAGAAUUCUAAAGAUUUUGAGAAGAGCGUUCACAACGCAAACUCAAAUUCACACGACUUUAUUGAGAAAGAUAUUGCUGUGACCAGUCAAGUAUUUGAAGAAAAGAAAGUUAAGAAAACUAAAGACAAGGUGGAUGACAAUACCAAUUUUUCAGAAAGUAUAAAAAGCAGAAUCGGUCACAAUCCACCGGAAAACGUUUCAGUUAAUCUGUGCGAUGCACACAGUGAUCAGAAACGUUUAAACAUCGACAUAUCGAAACAAGAAUUGCUUGAAAACACCGUUUCAUCUCAAAAUGUUGCUACAGUCGGCUCGAGCGUUAAAGAAAACCUUCGCAAUGUUGAGAGAAUCGAAAAUAAUGAAGAUUACAAUUCCACUUUGGACAAAGCUAUUGAACAAGACUCGAAGGAUUCAAUGAAAAAUUCGUCUAGUUCGGAAGGUAAUUUUAAUUCCUCGGUGUUAAAGGCUGCUGUCGAGGCAAGUUUAAAUGACCACCAAUCGAAAGUUUCUGCAACUUGUGAAACAAACGCUAAAUCUUUUGUACUAACAUGUAAUGAUGUGAGCAAUGAAUAUUCUAAAGUUGCAGAAUCAUCCGAAAAUUCUAGUUUUCCUAAACAAAGCAACAUUGUCGAUGAUUUGAACUGCGGUGCUGUCGAUACAAUGAACAGUGGUGACGAUAGCAAUGAAAUGCUUAGCAAUCCUUCAGUACCACCGAGUUCACCGACAGGAGUGAAAAUGAUUGGCCAAUCAGUUUCAAAUUCUUCAGAGUUUGGUAAUUUAAGUCCAACGAAGCACAGUCAAGAUAGUCUUUUUACAGAUGGCUCCGCGGACACCGAGUUGGCUUUCUACGUUGAUUUACAUGGACACGCUUCAAAGAAAGGUUGUUUUAUUUACGGGAAUUACAUAGCAGACGAAGAGCAAUAUGAACAAUGCUUGUUGUUCCCCAAGCUCAUCUCUAUUAACUCUAGUCAUUUCGACUUUACCGCGUGCAAUUUUAGUGAGAAGAACAUGUAUAGUCGCGACAGACGCGACGGAAUGUCGAAAGAAGGCAGCGGUCGUGUUGCCAUUCACAAGAUGACGGGGCUUUGUCACUGUUACACGUUAGAAUGCAACUACAACAGCGGGCGAAGCACAAAUGUUGUUCCACCUGCUACACGUGACAAUGGACGCGCCACCCCUCCGCCUCCCCCGGGAUUUCCUCCGCGUUACACCCCUGAAAUAUACGAAGAGGUUGGCCGCGCCUUAGCUGUUUCAGCGUUGGACAUUCUGAACGCGAAUCCGUGGUCGAGGUUACCAUUGUCCGAAUAUAGCUGUUUGGAAGGCGUCAAGGAUUGGGUUCGUCGUUAUAUCAAAUCAAAUAGAAAUGCUACAUUAUCAACGAAAAAAGGAAUGCGAUUCCAGGCCAAAACGACCAGUGUCAACAGCAGUAAUUUGACUCACUUGCCCACGUCUGGCAUUGAUAGCUUGUCUAGUAAUGCAGCGGGACAGAGGAUUCAAAGCGAUGUAGGUGGAUCGCAAGACGUUUCUUGCAAAAAAACAUCGCCGUAUUACCGAUGCCCGUCGGAAAAGAAAGCAAAGACUUCUGUUGCCAGUGGUCAAUCGAAAAGCCCACAGAAGAUGAAAGGCUUCGGAAGAAAGCGGCUUGACGUGGCGAAAACAACGCCAUUAUUUACGAUCAACAACAGCAAAUCAGAAAAGUGGCAAUAUUCCUGUGCAAACGAGAAGGAAAGGACAGGACGUUCAACUUGUGUUGAGCUGCGGAAUUCAGUUGUGACAAAACUACGGGAGUCAAUGCUCGACUUUAGACUUCCAGAGAAAUGGAACGAAGUGGAUUCAAUCGAAGUCAGAAAGUUUGAACGACGGCAUGCUGAUAAUAAGAAUUUGGUCGUUUUAAAAAAUCUUGACGUCAGAAAAUCUACGAUCGAUGCAAAAAAAAUGGAAUGCUUAGGAGUUGUUGCUGUCGAGAAAUCGCGCCCAAAAAUCACGAAGAUAGUCGUGCCUAAAAAAGGAAAAUCUAAGCGAGCUAUUGUUCAAAAAGAAAGCAGGAAGAAUGCCAGUGAAGCUCUUGACAACGCAAGUGCAAAAGUGGAAAUUCAGAACGAUGGUUAGAAAGAGCCUUGAAAAUCUUAUAUGGUGAAUUUUAGGAUGUUGUUGUGUCUGUCCCACGUUUCAUUCUUCAAAUUUAUAUUGCAAUGAUAUAUUUUAUAUACAUGCAUAAAUAUUUAUUUUAUAUUUUAUUUUUCAUUGUUUUGUACUAAAGUGAAAAUUGAUUAUUCGAUAGAAUAAGAAAUAUAUGCUCAUGAAAAAUA